AUGGCCGCUGCUCGCAGUUCCAUGCCGGCGAGACUGGCGUCCAAGCUGCGAAGCCGUGCUCCCAAAGUCCCAAGAACUCGCUACUUCCAUGCCACUGGCGUACGUCCAACUGAUGGCGUCUAUAAAGAGUUGACAGAAAUGCGGGUGCGGACGCCCUGGAUUGAGGCUCUACGCAGGAGCAAGGAGACGGGCUCCCAGUCAGCUGCUGGGCCAGAAGACCCUCCUAAACCAGACCUGACACCCAAGAGAAUGUCAGAUAGCUACGUGAGGAUAGUGCUGCCUCUGCAGGAUGACCCCUGGAUGCUGGAUACUUAUGCUAACUACUCUGGUCAACUUCGCACGGGGUCCCUGCUCAUGGACCUGGACGCACUGGCGGGGGUUGUGGCCUAUAAACACACUGGAGAAGGAGUGUCCACUGUGACUGCUGCCGUUGACCGAAUCACCAUCAAGAACCCACUGAAGGAAAUCUGUAAUCUGGAGCUUUCGGGUCAAGUCACAUUUGCCACAGGACGCUCCAGCAUGGAAGUGACUUUGCAGAUAGCGAAAGCGCCAGGUCCUGGCCAGCAAGUCAGGCCGGAGGACGUCUUCAUGACUUGUGCAAUGACGAUGGUCUCCCUAGAUCCACAAACUAAGAAGCCUGUUAACAUAGCACCACUGACGCUCUCAACGCCAGCUGAGCGCGCACUGUACGCGCGAGGCGAAGAAAAUUACAGGAACAAAAAAGCUCUGAAGUCCUCCAACAUCAUGCAAAAGUCUCCGAACGAGGAAGAAUCUGCGCUCAUUCACAAGAUGUGGUCAGACGGUCUCGCAUACGACGACGCCAGAAAUCCGGCGAAACGACCGGCUAAUGCUCUCUCUAUGUCAACCUCUAGAAUUCACUCCACCCAAAUCAUGCAGCCGCAAAAUCGGAACAGGCAUCAUUUUAUGAUUUUCGGUGGCUAUCUUCUAAAGAUAGCGUUCGAGCUGGCUUUCACGUGCGCUGCCGCAUUCUCCCACACACGUCCGCGCUUCGUGAAUCUCGAUCCCUCCACAUUCGAGAACCCAGUCCCCGUUGGAUCGGUUCUCUACACAGCUGCCAACGUCACAUACUGCGAGCCAGAGCCAAGCGGAGGCACUCGCAUCCAAGUGAUGGUCCGAACGCAUGUUCGAAAUGUUGAGCAUGGCGAGAACGAGCGGAAGUCCACCGGGACUUUCUUCUACACGUUUGUGUCACCUGCAGACGUGAGCGUUCUUCCGCAAAGCUACGGAGAAUUCAUGAUGUGGGUGGGUGGUAGGAGGCGAGCUCAACGACUAACGAACAUGCUGGUGUCUGAGGCGAAAACCGGUGACGGCCACAUAUUGGGCGCGGCAGGCGAGUCUAACGUGACCGAGUGA